AUGGAGAAUGAGAGCUGUUUGUCUUUUGCUUCUCCUCCAAACAGGACGACGCCGGAGCAGUCUCCAGGUCUUGAACAUAAUUCUGCUUCUUUCUUCCAGUGCGACGACCUGCAGAAAUCGCCGCACGCUCACGUGUCGCAACGGCUCACUGGGCGCGCGGACUUCUUUGCUGCGCGCUACGCUGCGAACGGCGCGCACGCGGACUUUACGCACAGCCUCGGCGGCUCCUCACCUAGAAAACACGUCAAGUACUUGGAAUCCACCGCGACGGACCAAAAACCGUUAUCAGUAACCGAGAAGAGCUCGUUUUACGACAGCAGUUCCAAUGUGGGGGAGAAAUCAUUGCCUAAGCCUUUGGCUUAUCCGGUUCUGGACUCUGAAUGCUGUGGCAAAUUGAAAGAGCCUUCAGAUGGACUAACUGAAAGAGACCCCAUUGCAGACUCCAUUAACCUGUCAGGCAAGAACAAGAAACGAAGGAACCGCACUACAUUUAGUACCUUUCAGCUGGAAGAACUUGAGAAAGUCUUUCAGAAGACACACUACCCAGAUGUGUAUGCAAGGGAGCAGUUGGCCCUGAGGACCGAGCUCACUGAAGCACGAGUGCAGGUGUGGUUCCAAAACAGAAGGGCUAAAUGGAGGAAACGGGAGCGUUAUGGCAAAAUGCAGGAAGUGCGAAAUCACUUUGCCGCCACAUAUGAUAUCUCCCUGCUCCCUCGCUCCAAUACAUACCAGAUGCAGGGUAACCUGUGGCCUGGAGGAGGAGGUGCAGGAGGGGCCAGUGGGGGCUGUGUCUUGGGCACAGACAGCAUGCCUUCUUCCUGCAUGGCUCCUUACCCACAUCCCCAUGCACAUCCACAUGCUCAUGGGAUUAUGGGAAUGUCCACAUCUCCGAGUCAUCCUCCACAUCAUCCUCAUCCUCACCAUCCAGGCAUCAAUAGCCUGUACUCCCUGCACAGCUUCCAGGGAGGUCUGGGCACUCAUUCCUUUGAGCCCAACCCUGAGUCUGACUACAAGCCUUCAGGCCUGGUGGCACUGCGCAUGAAAACCAAAGACCCUGGCAGCCUCUUGUCUUGGCCAACGUGA